AUUCCAUUUCAUUUUUUUCAAUUUUGAGUUGUAAUAGUACUAUCAGACUAUCGGUGUUCAUAUAUCGGCGCAAAUAUCUACUUUUCACGCACAAAAAACACGCAACAGGCACUGAGAUAGCAACCGAGCUGAAAAACAUGUCGUGUUUGCACGAUCACAGCUGCGAAGAGCACGAUUGCUCCACCGAUUGGUCUCUCUACAAACACAUCGAUCUAUCCAAGGUUUCUGCGCUGAAUGAGGCUGUUUCUGGAAGUGUGAAGUCGGUGUUCAAAGAUUGGGAGCAGCGGCUGAACUCUUCAGAGGGUUACUUGGAAAGCAAUGAAGAUGAUCCUGAGUUGAUAGUCUUUAUUCCAUUCACAUCAGAUGUUAAGCUAAAGAGCAUUUCAAUCGUUGGUGGUGCUGAUGGGACGAGUCCUGCAAAGAUGAGAGCAUUCAUCAACCGAGAGGGUAUUGACUUUUCAGAUGCUCAGAAUAUGCAAGCCGUGCAGGAGUGGGAUUUGGCAGAAAACUUACAAGGAGUUUUGGAGUACCAGACAAGGUAUUCGAGAUUUCAGAGUGUUGGGAACCUCACGUUGCAUUUCCCAGUUAAUUUUGGUGGUGAUGCAAGUACAACUCAAAUACAUUACAUUGGGUUGAAAGGAGAAGCUACUCAGCUGAAAAGAGAUGUUGUUGCGACAAUAGUCUAUGAAAUCACACCAAAUCCUUCUGACCACAAAACACAAGCUGAGACUGGCGGCAGCCUUGGACACGUGGAGUGAGGAGCUCUCAUUGGCAUAACUAAAACUUCUGAUAUCAAUGGCUUUUAGUGUAUGAAUCUUCAAUCUUCAUGAGAUAUAAGAUCAAUCUAACUCGAAAGUGGCUAGUUUGUUUCACAGAGAAGUUCAAUAGUUGCAUUUCUUGAAAGUUUGAGCGGUUGUGAACUUCCCCAUGCAUCUCUCUCAAUACUGAACUUUCUGAAUGUCAAAGAGUUUAGGUUCAUUUUCUUUUUA